GAACGCGGGCGCAGGGAAAUGGAGAACCAUCUGACCAUCCUGGAGAGAGGAUAAUUUUGCGCAACCUGGAAGACCCGUUCGCCACAGGGCUCAUAACCCCGACCUGGAAAACCUCUUGCGCCAACCGCAAAAAGGGCCCGCAGUGGAAUAAGCUCAAGGACAACGAGCUCCACGGGUACCUCAACUACUGUGCUCACGCGGUGUUGGAGUACAUGCGCGCGAGCAAGAAACAAGGAGUAGACGCUCGAACCACGGCCUUGUACCAGUUUGUCUAUCAGGCGCUGGCCCGGGUGGGGAUAGACUUGCUGGAGCUCUUCUGCCAGCGACGGGAGCAGCGAGAACCAGGUAGCGACCAGACUUCGCCGAGAUGGUCCGGUUGCCGAGCCGGCCAGAAACCCAUGGACAGCGAAGAGCUGGUCACGGUCGGUCCCAACCCCCCCGACCAAGAACUGAACCGGGGACGCAUCGGAAAGUGCGGGGGGGCGUUCAAGAUGCCAAUUGACCGGUGGGGAGCGCAGGCGGCAGAGACGUACGGCACGGCGCUGAUCACGGAGUUCCUCAAGAAGAAGAAGAGGAAGUUGCUGGAGACGCCAGCGUUCGUGACGCGGUACAAGCUGGUCGGCCACAAACCCACGGCCCGAGAAGGAAUGGGGGAACUCGCACACCCGCGGUCCAAACCCUUGGGUCGAUGCUGCGGCCGGCGCCGACUGCAGCAGCGGCAUAACUAG